CCACGUCUGAACUGAAAAAAGAACUAAAUCCCUUGGGCCAAAUUCAUUCCUGAAGUUGCUUGAUUGAACACAUUGCAUUUCUACUGAGCACAGAUUUGGCUCACACCUGACUUUGUCAGCAUUCACUGUGCUGUAACUAAGUAACAAGAGCACUGUCGUUAGGGGACAGAUGAAUAGCUUUCUCUACGGUUAUUAGAGCACCGAGCACCUUUAAGGAGUGCAGAAUCUAUGAAAGGAGGAGUUGGGGAAAAGGACACCACUCCUUUUAGAGUCUGUGUAACAGAACUGAUAAGCUAUUCCUGUGAUGUGAUCGAAUGUGACUGAAUACUGCAGGCUCUUGGACUCUUAUUCUGUAAAAUCCACAGGGGAGCAGCACAAGAAAAGAUCGGAGGGAACAGCUUCUGCUAAACUAAGAAAGAUGCUGGAGAGCUCUUCAGUCCCUUUGUUCAUUGUCUUCAUCCUGCUUUUCAUUUUGCUGCUCAUUGUGUUGCUCAUCAGGAAAAAUGCCACUGCUGCCCUUAUCUGGAAUGAAAUAAUCCGGGAGAAAGUAACCAAUUUCAUCAUGAACCAGAGCAAAGAACAGAGGAUUUUAAAUUUUGUGCUGCAGAAUGCAGUCCGAGGAGACCCCUGUAGUGUGCUGGACACUAUAGAUAAAUACUGCUCCCAGAAAGAGUGGGCCAUGAACGUGGGUGAUGAGAAAGGUAAAAUUCUGGACAAGACAGUGGAAGAGGCCAAUCCAUCAGUUGCCCUGGAGCUGGGAACGUACUGUGGCUACUCAGCAGUGAGGAUUUCUCGGCUACUGAAGGCAGGAGCUCGUCUGCUCACUGUGGAGUUCAACCCAAAAUUUGCUGCUAUAGCUAAACAGAUGAUUGAGUUUGCUGGAGUACAAGAUAAGGUAAAACUCCUAGAAGGCCCUUCAGAGGAAAUUAUCCCCCAGCUGAAAAAAAAAUAUGAAGUGGAUACUCUGGAUUUUGUCUUCCUGGAUCACUGGAAAGACAGAUACACACCAGACACCAUCCUGCUUCAGGAAUGCAACUUGCUGAGGAAGGGCUCAGUUCUUCUGGCUGACAAUAUAAUUUUCCCAGGAGCUCCAGAUUUCCUUAACUAUGUCCGCAAGAGCCCCCAUUUCCAAUGCACUAACUACCCGUCUCAUCUGGAAUAUAUGCAAGUGGAAGAUGCUAUGGAGAAGGCUGUGUUUUUGGGAUAAAGAGAGUCAUUAAUAAUCAGCUUUUGUUUCAAAUGAUGUAAAUGCAACUGCACAGGUUAACUUGUCCAUGCUUUACAGGUUUUUUUAUUGUUUUUUUUUAUUUUUAUUUUGGAGCUUGUAAUUAUACAAGCACUAGUGAUCUUUUUAGGUGAGGUAGAAACCAAAAUAUGGAGUAAGUUGGGUCUGUGUCAUUGUUCCACAUUAACUAGGCAAACCCAAGGCGAUGCACAUUGCCCUGCCUUGACCAACACAUCAUCAAACAACAGUCUGUCAUUUUGAGCUCAACUUGAACAACCGCAAUUUGGGUUUAGGGUGGAGAAAUACACUGCAACUUCUGAAGACUUGUGUCCCCAAGCUAAACUCGUUAAUCAUUAGAAAGAGUGGAAAAAAACAUCCACGUUGCAAGAAAAGACCAUUUCAUGUACCCUAUUUUUGCUAAAUUACUAGCAUGCCUCUUGAUGCAGUGAAGGCUCCUAUUGUGAGAUCAGAUACUUCUUUGUAAAUUUACUGCAAAAGUUAAUCAUCUCUAUGUGAGAGAAAAGAGCACACACUGAAAGAAGGCAGACCCAUGCAGUGAUGAGAACAACAAAACAGAAUUUUGACAACACAAACAGAUAAAAUUAUUAAUCUGCCCACGCAGAGGCAGGGAAAACUGAAGUAGUAAACAGAUUAAAAUAAAUACAGCAACAGGUAACAAAAGGAGCAGACUCUUUCCAAAUGAAUACAAAACUACAUAGUAGUUGACCUUGAUGAAAUGCUGUUUUUCCCCUCAUUAUACUGUACAUACAUAGCACGUGCUUUUAGGGGCAGGGCAAGCUGCUUACUCUGAAAUGCUGGGUAUGUUUAAGAUGCUGUAUAGAAAUAAAGUCCAGAGAGAAUGGGUUUUAGCAGGUGGGUCCUGCAUGCCCUGGUUAACCUCAGUGCUGUUAAACCAUGUGAAUAGUGUGGGUUGUCACUGAGAAGAUUCCAAGCCAAAUACGAAGUCUCUAAUGCAGAAAUCCAGUGGCGUUUCCUAGCAUGUCCUGCUGUGAUUAUAUAAGGCAGCAAAAGUCACAUUUCUAAAUAAAAAGUAAGAAACAACAGA